GAGCGCGAGCGGCGGGCUCUCGGGUCUUUUUUAGCGCCAUCUGCUCGCGGCGCCGCCUCCUGCUCCUCCCGCUGCCACCCUGAGUCACUGACUGCGCAGCUCCGGCCGCCUGGAUACCCGUGCUAGCUAUCGAUAUUUGGAGUUCUUACAACAUGGCAGAUAUUGACAACAAAGAACAGUCUGAACUUGAUCAAGAUUUGGAUGAUGUUGAAGAAGUAGAAGAAGAAGAAACUGGUGAAGAAACAAAAAUCAAAGCGCGUCAGCUGACUGUUCAGAUGAUGCAAAAUCCUCAGAUUCUUGCAGCCCUCCAAGAAAGACUUGAUGGUCUGGUAGAAACACCAACAGGAUACAUUGAAAGCUUGCCUAAGGUAGUUAAAAGACGAGUGAAUGCUCUCAAAAACCUUCAGGUUAAAUGUGCACAGAUAGAAGCCAAGUUCUAUGAGGAAGUUCAUGACCUUGAAAGAAAGUAUGCUGUUCUCUAUCAGCCUUUAUUUGAUAAGCGAUUUGAGAUUAUUAAUGCAAUUUAUGAACCUACAGAAGAAGAAUGUGAAUGGAAACCAGAUGAGGAAGAUGAAAUUUCGGAACUGCAAGAAAAGGCCAAGAUUGAAGAUGAGAAAAAGGAUGAAGAAAAACAAGACCCCAAGGGAAUCCCUGAAUUUUGGUUGACUGUUUUUAAGAAUGUUGACUUGCUCAGUGAUAUGGUUCAGGAACAUGAUGAGCCUAUUCUGAAGCAUUUGAAAGAUAUUAAAGUGAAGUUCUCAGAUGCUGGCCAGCCUAUGAGCUUUGUUUUAGAAUUUCACUUUGAACCCAAUGAGUAUUUCACAAAUGAAGUGUUGACAAAGACAUAUAGGAUGAGGUCAGAACCAGAUGAUUCUGAUCCCUUUUCUUUUGAUGGACCAGAAAUUAUGGGUUGUACAGGGUGCCAGAUAGAUUGGAAAAAAGGGAAGAAUGUCACUUUGAAAACCAUUAAAAAGAAGCAGAAACACAAGGGACGUGGGACAGUUCGUACUGUGACCAAAACAGUUUCCAAUGAUUCUUUCUUUAAUUUUUUUGCUCCUCCUGAAGUUCCUGAGAGUGGCGAUCUGGAUGAUGAUGCUGAAGCUAUCCUUGCUGCAGACUUUGAAAUCGGUCACUUUUUACGUGAGCGUAUAAUUCCAAGAUCAGUGUUGUAUUUUACUGGGGAAGCUAUUGAAGAUGAUGAUGAUGAUUAUGAUGAAGAAGGUGAAGAAGCGGAUGAGGAAGGGGAAGAAGAAGAUGAGGAAAAUGAUCCAGACUAUGACUCAAAGAAGGAUCAAAACCCAGCAGAGUGCAAGCAGCAGUGAAGCAGGAUGUGUGUGGCCUUGAGGACAACCUGCACUGUAAUAGCCUAAACACAACUGUUACUUACUUACAGCCUUAUGUCUCUGUGUUUUCUUGGUAGACUCAGUACUUUUUUUUUUUUAAAGGAAAGGAAUUGAUAUUUUAAAAACAAUUUUGUUCUACCUAGCAUUUUAACUUUAGUUUUCCUGCCAGGUAUAUUGAAUGCAGAAAUUCUCUCACACGUUGUCAUUCAUUGCUACAUAGUUUGGUUCUUCUGGGGUAUUUUUUAUCAUGUAAUUAUUAGAUAACAGCUACAAAAAUAAAACAACUAUUAAAUGAAA